GGCCUGGUCCAAGAUGGCGGCGGCGCCGGGGAGGCAGGGGCCGGCAGUACUGGCCUGGGCAGCCCUGUGCCUGGUGGCUGCCCUUGCCGUGGACCGCAGCAACUUUAAGACCUGCGAGCAGAGCGCCUUCUGCAGGCGCCAGCGGAGCCUCCAGCCCGGCAGCUCCCCGUACCGCGCGCUGCUGGAGUCGCUGCAGCUCGGCCCUGAUUCUGCCACGCUGCAGCUCAUCAAUGAGGACAACAAGGUGCUGCUGCUGCUGGAGCUCUGGGGGCUGCAGGGCAACAUGACUCGCAUCCGCAUCGACGAGCUGAACCCGCUGCGGCCCCGGUUCCGGGUGCCGGAUGUGCUGGUGGCCGAGCCGCCUGCUGUACCGCUGGCGGUGACGGGGCGCGAUGAGAGCAGCGUGGAGCUGGCGCUGGGCGCAGGGGGCCACCGGCUCCUGGUGACGGCGAAGCCCUUCCGCCUGGACCUGCUGCGGGACCGAGAGCUGCUCUGCAGCGUCAACGCCCGCGGGCUGCUGCUCUUCGAGCACCUCCGCCGGCGCCCUUUCUCGGAUAAAGUUAGUAGCUCGGUCAGUAGCUUGUGGGAUAAGAUCAAGAGCCUUUUCCGUAGGGAGAUGCCUGCGGAGCCGGCGGCGACAGAGGAGCACGGAGCAGCGGCCGACGGCGAGAGCGCCGAGGUCCCGGGGGAAGCGGCGGCAGUGACCGGGGCCCCCCCUGACCCUGACAGCCCCACGCAGCCCCCGACGCCAGCGGGGGCCCCCAGCGAGGCUGCCGAGGAGCCGGGCGCCUGGGAGGAGACCUUCAAGACGCACACGGACAGCAAGCCGCACGGCCCAACUUCCGUGGGGCUGGACUUCUCGCUGCCGGGCUUUGAGCAUGUCUACGGCAUCCCGGAGCACGCGGAGAGCCUGCGGCUCCACACCACCGAGGGCGGCGACCCGUAUCGCCUCUACAACCUGGACGUCUUCCAGUACGAGCUCUACAACCCCAUGGCGCUCUACGGCUCCGUGCCGCUGCUGCUGGCCCACAACGCCCACCGCACCCUCGGCAUCUUCUGGCUCAACGCUGCCGAGACCUGGGUCGACAUCGGCUCCAACACGGCCGGCAAGACCCUCUUCGGGAAGCUGCUGGAUUACAUGCAGGGUGGCGGCGAGACGCCGCAGACCGACGUGCGCUGGAUGUCGGAGAGCGGCAUCAUCGACGUCUUCCUGCUGCUGGGCCCCACGCCCGCUGCCGUGUCGGCGCAGUACGCCUCCCUCACCGGCACCCAGGCCCUGCCGCCGCUCUUCGCCCUGGGCUACCACCAGAGCCGCUGGAACUACAACGACGAGGAGGACGUGGCGGCGGUGGAGCGGGGCUUCGACGAGCACGACAUCCCCUGCGACGUCAUCUGGCUGGACAUCGAGCACGCCGACGGCAAGCGCUACUUCACCUGGGACCCCAGCAAGUUCCCGCAGCCCCACGCCAUGCUGCAGCGCCUGGCCGCCAAGAAGCGCAAGAUGGUGAGCAUCGUGGACCCGCACAUCAAGGUGGACAGCGGCUACCGCGUACACAACGAGAUCCGCUCCCGCGGCUUUUACAUCAAGACUAAGGAUGGCAACGACUACGAGGGCUGGUGCUGGCCAGGCUCCGCCGGCUAUCCCGACUUCACCGACCCGGCCAUGCGCGCUUGGUGGGCCAGCAUGUUCGGCUACGAGCAGUACGAGGGCUCUGCCGAAAACCUUUUCACCUGGAACGACAUGAACGAGCCGUCGGUGUUCAGCGGCCCCGAGGUGACCAUGCACAAGGACGCAGUGCACCACGGUGGCUGGGAGCACCGCGACCUCCACAACCUCUACGGCUUCUAUGUGCAAAUGGCGACGGCGCAGGGGCAGGUGCAGCGCUCCGGAGGCCGGGAGCGACCCUUCGUGCUGAGCCGGGCCUUCUUCGCCGGCUCCCAGCGCUACGGUGCCGUGUGGACGGGUGACAACGCGGCCGAGUGGGACCACCUGAAGAUCUCCAUUGCCAUGUGCCUCAGUAUGGGGCUGGCCGGGCUCUCCUUCUGCGGAGCGGACGUGGGCGGCUUCUUCAAGAACCCAGACGCGGAGCUGCUGGUGCGCUGGUACCAGGCGGGCGCCUACCAGCCCUUCUUCCGGGCUCACGCUCACCUGGACACUGCCCAUCGCGAGCCCUGGCUCUUCGGCGAGGAGAACACGGCGCUGAUCCGUGCCGCCAUCCGCCAGCGCUACUCCCUGCUGCCCUUCUGGUACACGGCCUUCUACCACAGCUACCGCCACGGGCAGCCCGUCAUGAGGCCGCUGUGGAUGGAGUUUCCCGACGACGUCACCACCUUCGCCAUCGAUGACCAGUACAUGAUUGACAGGGCCCUGCUGGUGCACCCGGUGACAGAGCAGGGCGCCCGCGGCGUGCAGGUCUACCUGCCCGGCAAGGGGGAGGUCUGGUACGACGUUGCCUCCCGCCAGAAGCACCACGCGCCCCAGACGCUCUACGUGCCGGUGACCAUGAGCAGCGUGCCGGUGUUCCAGCGCGGCGGCACGGUGGUGCCGCGGCAGGAGCGGGUGCGGCGCUCGGCCGAGUGCAUGCGCCAUGACCCCUUCACCCUCUACGUGGCCCUGAGCCCCCAGGGCACCGCCGAGGGCGACCUCUUCCUGGACGACGGGCACACGUUCGACUUCCAGACCCAGAACCGCUUCCUGCACCGGCGCUUCACCUUUGCUAGCGGCACGCUGACGGCCAGCACCGCGGAUCCUGCCGGCGCCUUCGACACCCCGGCCUGGCUGGAGCGCGUGGUGAUCCUCGGCGUGGGGAAGCCGGCCACCGUCGUCCUGCGGCCCGCUGCCGGCCCCGAGACCCUCCUGGAUUUCCAACAUGAGGCCGAGACAUCGGUGCUGACACUGCGCAAGCCGGGGGUGCGCAUGGCCGACGACUGGAGCAUCCUGCUGCGAUAAUGGGGGGCCACGGGGGGUGGGGGUGCGGCCACGGCCUCCCCAGGACCCUCCCUGGAACCCCCCCCCCCCGGGGCAGGAUCCAGCCCCCUGGGCCCCCCUGGGACCCUCCCCUCUCUCAGGGCAGGAUCCGGCCCCGGCCCGGGGAAGCAGCACAGCAGUUUUUGCUCCAGGCAGUUUUGGGGACUCGGGGGGGGGGGGGUUGUUGCAGUGGCCCCCACCCUCGUCUGCCACGUGUGGGGCUGGGGGGGGGGGGGGGCGGGGGCACCUCUGGCUGUGGGGCCCGGCAGAACUGGUGUGAGAUGGGGACCAAGCAGGCACUGCACCCCGUGCCCCACGCGGGGAGCUUGACACCCUUUCCCUGCCCCACAGCCCCUCUUUUCCUUGCGCUCCCCUCCCCUCCCCUCCCCUCCCCUCCCCUCCCCUCCCCCCACAUUCUGCACCCCGUCUUCCCUCCCCCCUCCCCCUUUCCUCGGUCCUUCCUCCUCUCUUUUCCCUUGGCCCCAGUGGGGGCCAGGGGGGCGCAUGGGGGUGGGGGGCACCUAGUCCCUCUGCCCCAUGGCAGUGCUACCUGUGGGGCUCCAUGGGACCGAACGCGCCCGGAUCAUGUGGGAAUUGCCCUGGCGGCGGCUGCUCCGGCCGUGCUGCUGUCCCAGCCGCCGGGAUUUUGGGGGGGGGGGGGGGGGGUGGCUCCGGCCCCUGGAUCCGUUUUUAGCUGCUGAGCCGGUGCCCCGGCGUGGGGGGAUGGGGGGGGGGCGGCAGCACCCGCACGGCGUUUUGAUAAAAGACAAAUAAAACCAGGAAAAAACCGA